AUGCUACUUGUUUUGACUCUGUUGCAUGUUAUAUUGUUGUUUUUUAAAGGGACUGCUGUUCGGGAUUCGCUCCCCUUUGUAAACACAGAGACAGAUAAAAGCGUUAACAGCUAUCUUGAGGGCAAACUGUUUAACGAUUCCAAAUCUUUUGCCCACGGCUACAUUAAUCAAGACAAUAUUUUUGUUGGGAUUAUGGGAGGAGAAGGUUGGAAGCUUCAUCUCGAACCAGCCGUCAAGUUCAAUUUUUCCAAAAUGCCAACUAACAUUGUGUACGGAGAUGAAGAUGUGGUUCUUCCCGAAAAACUCUCAGAUUAUAUAGAAGUUAAUAAUUCAGCGCUGUACUAUAAGUCUUAUGAUAGCUAUUACCCAAAAGUUUUAAAUAUAUACCGUAGAAAUCUUAUAUCUUCAUCACGUAAUCUUACAUGUAACGUGCACCUUUUUGUUGAAGCUGCGUUAUUACAGCGAUUUGGUCAUAACCUCUAUGAUUUGUCAAGAGAAAUGUUUUUAAUUUUCAAAGAGAUAAAUCAGAUUUUUCAAAUGAUUACGCCAAAAUUUAGUGCUCAACUCAAAAUUUCUAAUUUAACCGUCUUAGAUUAUAAUUCGCCGUACUUAGCCGAAUCGGAAAAUGCCACCAUAAUUCUUAAUUCUUUUUCUCGUAAAGACCAGAGCUCUUAUUGUUUGAGCCAUCUUAUUUUGUCAAGAAAGCUCUCGGAGAACUCUUUAGGCUUGGCUUAUCUAGCCACACCCCAAAAUAUAGCUGGAAUUUGUGGGAAAAGGCGGAACAGUGUGAGUUAUAACGUGGGUCUUUCUUCUUUUAACGGUGAUAAGAACCCACUUCCUAACAAACUUUUUACCCUCGUCCUUGCGCACGAACUUGGCCAUAAUUUUGGUGCACUGCAUGACGUUGAGACAAGCUCAUGCAAAAUACCCUCGGAAGAAAUCUAUAUUAUGUAUCCCAGAGUUAAUAGUGGCAAAAAUCCUGAUAAUUUUAGAUUUUCUUCUUGUUCCAUUAAAAGCAUUAUGGAGGUUUUAAAGGAGAGGGCUUAUUGUUUACAAUCUUAUUCCUCCUGUGGCAAUGGGGUCUUGGAUGGCACUGAGGAAUGCGACUGUGGAUUCAAUUGUGAAAAAGAUCAAUGUUGCACGGAGCAGUGCACUUUGAAAAAAGGGGCCCAAUGUAGUCCACAUAAUCAUGUGUGCUGUACGCCAUCUUGCCAGAUUUCCAAAAACAAAAGUAUCAAAUGUCGAACUGCGUCAGAGUGUCGUAAAGAUGCCUACUGCGAUGGCAAGAAGGCUGUAUGCCCAAAGAGCGAAUUCAAAUCCACAUCUAACACCUGUGGGAACGACGCCUACAUGUGUCAACCCUCUAGACUCAACCCUGGGGAAACGGAAUGCACUCGCGAUGUAAAAAAUAAUGUUUGCUUGAAGUAUCACCUUGAAGGCUCUAACUGUCUAAAAAAUUCCUUGGGUGAAAAAAAUUAUCAUCCGGAUUGUGUUGUUUGUUGUAAACAUAGACUUAAUGGUAAUGAGUUGAUCACUUCGGCUGUAGGAUUAGCUAGAUAUAACAGCUCUUUUAAGCCCCAUUUUUAUCCUUCUGAUAAGACAUGUGCUGACAAUACUGGAUUUUGUGACGGAAAAGGGGGGUGUAGGAUUAUUGGUGACGUUGACGUCAUUGGCACAAUAGAAGGGUUAUUAGGCGUCUUGCCUCCCGAGGUGGAUAAAGCUUUAAUGUUUAUACAGAAGAACUGGUAUUACUUUCUGCUAGGGUGGUUGCUUAUUUUACUAAUUUUUGUGGGCAUCCAUUCUUGGGAGAGAAAAUGUAAUAAGGAAUUAGAAACGGAAAUCAAGGGAUAA